AGGCCGGGAGAGGCAGAGGCCACACCCCGCGGCCCAGGCUCUUCCAGCCGGUGAAUCAUCGCCUGCAGCAGCGGCUCCCGCAAUCCGCUGCAGCGCCCCGGGCCCGGCCGCACCCCAGCCGAGUGCAGCGCCCAGCGUCUCCGCGACCCCUCUCCCUGUGCAGUGAGCCAGCCCGAUCGGUACCAUGGCGGGCAUCGCAAUCAAACUAGCCAAGGACCGCGAGGCGGCCGAGGGGCUGGGAUCGCACGAGAGAGCCGUCAAGUACCUCAACCAGGACUACGAGACGCUGCGGAACGAAUGCCUGGAGGCCGGGGCGCUCUUCCAGGAUCCUUCCUUCCCCGCCCUGCCGUCCUCUCUGGGAUACAAGGAGUUGGGGCCCUACUCCAGCAAAACUCGGGGCAUCGAAUGGAAGCGGCCCACGGAGAUCUGCUCUGACCCCCAGUUCAUUGUUGGAGGAGCCACCCGCACAGAUAUCUGCCAAGGAGCCUUGGGUAAGUCGAGGGGUCUGGGGCAACCUGUGCCAUGUCAGCUGCAAGUUCCACGGCUUCUGUUCUCGAGCCCUGUGGUGACUUCCAUUCCCAGAAGUUCCCUGAACAUCCUGUCUCCUGGGGAUGUCCCCCAGCCAGCCACGACACUAAGGUGGAAGUUCUGUGAGGUCCAAAACAGGUCCCCAAGAGGGGGCAGUGACACAGUGUGAAGGAGGGGAACCUCUGCUGAGAGGAAGGGGAAGCCCUUACUGGGAGGAAGUGGAAAGCGCCAGGACCAGCUCAGCCCUGCAGGCAGCUGGCUCCCUGUGGCUCACCAGGAGUAAGCUGUGAGGAUUGUGCAUACUCACACAACUGUAAUACUCAU